CAUUUGUUGGGGGGCGGAGCUCUGAGGUAGCUGGGCGGGCUUCGUCGGUGCCUCGCAUAGCGGCGUUUAGGCCCAGCUGCCGCUGUGAGAAACGUAGCCGUGGCCAUGAAGGAGGAAAAGGAGCAUAGGCCUAAGGAGAAGCGAGUAACCCUGUUAACGCCCCCGGGGGCUACAGGCAGCGGCGGCGGGGCUUCAGGGGAAAGCGGCAAGGGGGAAGAUAAACAGGAUCGCAACAAGGAGAAAAAAGAGGCGCUGAGCAAGGUGGUAAUUCGAAGAUUACCUCCCACUUUGACCAAGGAACAGCUUCUGGAACAUCUUCAGCCUAUGCCGGAGCAUGAUUAUUUUGAGUUUUUUUCUAAUGAUACUAGUCUGUAUCCUCAUAUGUAUGCCAGAGCAUACAUCAACUUUAAAAACCAAGAGGACAUUAUUUUGUUCAGGGAUCGCUUUGAUGGUUAUGUAUUCCUUGACAAUAAAGGUCAAGAAUAUCCUGCUAUCGUAGAAUUUGCACCUUUUCAAAAAGCUGCAAAAAAGAAGACUAAGAAAAGAGAUACCAAAGUUGGGACUAUCGAUGAUGAUCCAGAGUAUAGAAAAUUUUUGGAAAGUUAUGCAACAGAUAAUGAGAAAAUGACAUCUACUCCAGAGACACUGCUAGAGGAAAUAGAAGCAAAAAAUAGAGAAUUAAUAGCUAAAAAGACAACCCCACUUUUGAGCUUCCUGAAAAACAAGCAGAGAAUGAGAGAAGAAAAGAGAGAAGAAAGAAGGAGGCGAGAAAUAGAAAGAAAAAGACAAAGAGAAGAAGAGAGGAGAAAAUGGAAAGAAGAAGAGAAACGAAAAAGGAAAGAUAUAGAAAAGCUAAAGAAGAUAGACAGAGUUCCAGAAAGGGACAAGUUAAAGGAUGAACCAAAGAUUAAGGUACACAGGUUUCUGUUACAAGCUGUGAAUCAGAAAAAUUUGCUUAAGAAGCCAGAAAAAGGAGACGAAAAAGAAUUGGACAAAAGAGAAAAGCCCAGGAAAUUGGACAAAGAGAAUCUGAAUGACGAAAGAGCCAGUGGGCAGAGUUGUACUUUGACCAAGCGUUCUGAUAGUGAACUUAAAGAUGAAAAGCCAAAGAGACCUGAAGAUGAAAGUAGCAGAGACUACAGGGAGAGAGAAAGAGAUUAUGACCGAGAUCAAGAACGCAUACUUCGGGAGAGAGAGAGACUGAAGCGGCAAGAAGAAGAACGCCGUAGGCAGAAGGAGCGCUAUGAUAAAGAGAAGGCUUUUAAAAGAAAGGAAGAAGAAAUGAAAAAAGAGAAAGAAGCACUUAGGGAUAAAGGAAAGAAGAAUGAAAGUACAGAAUCAAUAGGCAACUCAGAAAAAACUGAAAAAAAAGAGGAAGUGGUUAAGAGAGAUCGCAUAAGAAACAAGGUGAUGUUCUUCUAUAAAAAAGAAUUAUCCCUCAUCAUUUACUCGGUUAGCCUGAAAUGCAGUUUGUACAAGAAAGGCAAGAUAAACACUUGAUUCUUUCCCUUUAUUUACCAGUGUUCGGAGUAGUGAGUUGGUGUUCCGGCAACUUCUAGGGGUUAUCAAUGAGUUUUGUAUUGUUUAUUUGUUUGUUUGUUUAGUCUUUAAGAACUCAUGGACUUAGAAAUAUUUGGUGUGUUCCAAUUUGAAAGUUAUUAUUGUUCAUGUUUAAAUUGUCCCAUCUUUGCACAGUGGGAACCCCAUCAUCAACUUUUUAAAUCUCUAUACAGGAUUCUCAUCUGUUUCAGUAUUUCAUUUAAUUCAGUAAUUCAAUUGCUAGAAUUAUUCAAUUAACAGUAACGUUUUAAGGCUAACUUUCAUAAAUCAGAGAGAGAGGGGUUAAGGAAGGUUCAUGCACUUUUUUUAUUGAAUUCUAAAAAUGGCCUAUACAGUUCGGUUUCCCAGGAUCAUAUUGUCAUAAACCAAAUGUAUUACUUGAACUGAGUGAUGUAUGAUUACUUCAUUGAAGCUUAUUUAUGAAUCUGGGGUCUAAAGUGCCACCUAGAGAGCCUCAAACUGGGUGUCACAUUGUUAUAUCUGAAUACAAAUCAUGUUUUUGUGACCAAUUACAUGGAGUCUGAACUCAUAACUUUAGGAAGGUCUGCACUUAAGAGUUCGCAUUCUUUGUUACUGUUCUUACUCCUAAAAAUUUUUGUAUGUGGUGGUGCAUUUUAAAGUCAGUUUACUGAUCGGGAGGAGAGAUAGUCAAUGGUCGUGGUUUCUGAGUUAAAAAAUUUCAAGCUGAUUCAGUUCAUUUUGAGAUGGUUAAGAAAAGUAGAUAAUAGAUUUCUCAAAAAUUUAAGCAUAUCAAGUAAUACUUAUGAAAUGAUUGCUUUUCUUUGGAUAUACAGGAAAGGCCGUUGAAAGCAAAUUAACCAUCAACACUUACUGUCGUGCCAUGCUCUCACAUUUUUGAUCUUGGAUGAGUUGUUUUUGGUAUAUAUUAAUACAAAUACAAUAUUCCGAAAAGCCUACGUAAAAGCUUAGUAGCAAUGUUGUAACAUUAACACAUUUCAUUUCACUUUAGGAUCGUCCAGCGAUGCAGCUUUACCAACCAGGAGCUCGAAGCCGAAAUCGACUCUGUCCCCCUGAUGACAGCACCAAGUCUGCAGAUCCAGCAAUAGAAAAAAAGCAGGAAAGUGCUAUUAGCCAUAGAAAAGAAGGGGGAGAGGAGUGAUAAAUCCACAUGGCCUUAGGUGUCCUGACUGUCUAGGCAGCCAAAGAGCACGAAUUAAGCAAUCCAGAAGUGCCUUCAGGGCAAAGGAAUAGAGAGAAAGGGAGUCGCAGUGCUGGUGGGGUACACUGAAGAGGAGUAUGUUUUGCGUCAAAGCAAGAAUCAGAUUGCAGGUUCAGAACUGAAGUACAAUUUCAUUGUUUAUGCCGUUUCUAAAAAUUCAUUUUAUAGUGUCAGAAAAGAUGAGGGAGGUGACAUGCAUUGCAGUUUGCAGGUUAGAAAUGUCAAGUGAGGACUUAAUUGUGUAUGACACGAGCAAAUAAGAGAACCUGAUCUCAAAUCAAAAGGUUCUGUUAGUCCUGAGUUGAACUUUCUUAAUUUGAGUGGAGCAGAGUCAGUUUGAAGUCUUGUUCAGAUUUAGUUAUGUUGUGUUGUUGGCGAUAACUGCUGAAUUUGUAUAGUGUGGAAGCAACAAGCAUGUAAUUAUAGUACAAGUAUGGUGACGGAUGUAACAGAUUUUUCCUGAUGCAUAAAUUUAAAUAGUCAUGUUGUAUCUAUAUCCUAUGUCCUAAAAUGUUAGAAUUAGUUUGAGUGUUUUGAUUGUUUAUGUGAGCUCAGCAUAAAGAAUAUUUUUAAACAUCUCAGUUUUCCUUUAGCAGUUUUUAAUAUUAAUAGGUAAAAUCUAGCCCUUGUUUGAUUCUUGACAAUCCAGUCUUUGUUUUAUCUUAGGUCUCAUGAUCUGAGUGCAUACCCUCUGCAAGAAGGAACCGUCACCAAUAUUUGUUCCUGUUAAAUAGCAACUUUUAGUCUUAGCUUGUUUUGUAUUGGUGUCAAUAAAUAUCAAAUA